AUGUUUCUCCGCGCCCACCUCUUCCUCCUCCCCACCCUCCCCCUCACCCUCGCCCUCGUCGCCCCCGCACCCCGUCACCCACCCUCCCCGCACCUCCACAGCCCAGGCGACUGCAAGCCCACGACCACAGUGACCAAAACCGUCACCGUUACCGUGCCCAUCUACGCGCCGACGGGCAAUAUCUCAGUGACGUUUCCGAAUACGACUGUUGCGAGUACGAGCACAAGCGGAGGGUUGGAUCCUAUUACGUUGAUUACACUGUCGAGUGCAACGAGUGAGGGGGCGACGGCAACGAUGACGGAUGGGGGAUUGGAUCCUGUUACCUUGAUUACUUUGCCUACUGCUACGGCUACGGCUACGUCUGUUGGUGGGUCUGUGGGAGAUGGAGGGGAUGCAGGGGCGGCGCCGACGCCGAAUGAUAUUGCACCCGUUACGUUGAUUGAUAUUAGUACUGCGGUACCUAUUUAA